AGUAUGCCAUUUUUAUUUUGGAGCUGGUGAGUUAGGUAUCUUUUAGUUUCUUAGACUUAAACAUUGCUUUAUUUUCUAUGUUUGAUUAUCACCUUACUGCUGUAUAUUUUAACAUGCACACUAUUUUCUAAUUAUAGUGGUAAAACAAUAUAAUAUCUAGGAAGCUGUAGUAACAAAGUCUAGCUGUAGUAACAAAGUCAAGCAUACAAUUUUGAUAUAAUCAAGGACUAAACAUGAGUAUCAAUGAAUAAAUUAAAAACUUUGCCAAAUCAAUGCAUUACAGAAGAACGAUGUUCAUUUUGCCAAGCUGACAAAAAUAUUCGUUUAAGUGGUAAAACAAUAUAGUAUCUAGGAAGCCGUAGUAACAAAGUCAAGCUGUAGUAACAAAGUCAAGCUGUAGUAACAAAGUCAAGCAUACAAUUUUGAUAUAACCAAGGACAAAACAUGAGUAUCAAUGAAUAAAUUAAAAACUUUGCCAAAUCAAUGCAUUACAGAAGAACGAUGUUCAUUUUGCCAAGCUGACAAAAAUAUUCGUUUAAGGUGUUCGCAAUGCAAAAAAACUUGGUAUUGCUCACCCCACCAUCAAAAGUUACAUUGGAAACACCAUAAGUCAAGCUGUCGAUCUUCUUCUGCAAUCGAUUUUAGCAUCACAAACAAUAGUAAUGUUAUUGAUGCUGAAACUUUCAACAGCAUGAAGUCAAUGCUUGUUGAUUCGUUACACAACGCAUCAACUAAAAAAAACUUAUCAGAUUAUGACCUUGCUAAGAGUCCCGAAGUAAGUAGUGAACUUACUGCUAGAGUGUCGCAAAGAGCAGAUUAUCUAGUUCACCACCUGACUAAAUUUGGUUAUUGUAUUAUUGAUGGUUUUUUGGGCGAAGCGAAAGCUCAAAAGGUGCACUGGUGUGUCACUCAGAUCCAACAGUCCGGUAUAAUGACAGGUGGUGAAUUAGUAAAAAAAAGCGAUAAAGAACAACUUAUUCGAGGUGACCAGAUAGCUUGGAUGACAGGUAAAGAAGAACAAUAUGAAUAUCUCCGAUUGUUUAUUUCAGCUACAGAUCAGUUGCUACGGCACAGCUGUCGAAAAAUUAAGGGUCAUGUAAUUAAAGGAAGAACGCCUGCAAUGGUGGCUUGUUACCCUGGUGAUGGUACUGGGUAUAAGUGUCAUGUCGACAACGCAACCAAGGAUGGGAGAUGUAUCACAUUAUUGUAUUACUUAAAUAAAGGUUGGGAUAGUAAGCAACAUGGUGGUGCAUUGCAACUACAUGCACUGCGAAACCCUACUCCUACAACAAUUGAACCUAUAUUUGACAGAAUGCUUGUUUUUUGGUCAGACAGAAGAUCACCCCAUCAAGUAUUACCUGCAUACAGACAAAGAUUCGCCAUCACGAUUUGGUAUUUUGACGAAGUUGAAAGAGGAAAAGUGAAAGAAGCUUACAUCGAGAAAAUGAAAAAUGGCUUCAGCUCAAGGCAACAUUUGCAACAUGAAGUGAAAGCUAAUCAAACACCAACCAUUCAAUCAUUGCAUCAAAUGUCUACCAAUCAGGCGACUUCAAGUCAAAUGUCUACCAAUCAGGGGACUUCAAGUCAAAUGUUCACCAAUCAUUGGACUUCGAGUCAAAUAACUAACAAUCAAGGGACUUCCAGUACAUUCUCUACCGAACAAGGGACUUCCAGUCGAAUAUCUGUGAAUCACAAUAAUUUAAGUCAAAUGUCUAUUAAUAACCAGAAUCUAAAUAGAAUGCCCACCAAUCACAAUACUUCCAAUAAAAUAUCUACCAAUCAGAAUACUCCAAAUCAAAUGCCUUCCAACUACGACACCUUGAAUCAAAUAUCUGACAAUACUCUUCAUCAAAUAUAUACUAUUCACAAUAACCUCCGUCAGCUGUCAACUGGUUUGGAUACACCUAAUGAAAAACCAGCCAAUCGCAACCCUCUAAAUGAAGCACCAGCCAAUCACAACCCUCUAAUUCAAGCACUUGAUUACAAUACUCUGAACCAAAUGUCUAGUAAUCAAAACCCUUAUAAUCAAGCACGUACUAAUUACUAUACCUUGAAUCAAGGAUCUACCAAUCACAACACGCUAAAUUCAGCACCUACCAAUUACAGUACUUUGAGUCACAUAUCUACCAAUCACAACUCGCUAAAUCCAGCACCAACCAAUUGCAGUACUUUGAGUCACAUAUCUACCAAUCAUAACACGCUAAAUCUAGCACCAACCAAUUACAGUACUUUGAGUCACAUAUCUACCAAUCACAACACGCUAAAUCCAGCACCAACCAAUUACAGUACUUUGAGUCACCUCAACCAAACAUCUGCCAGUUACAAUACUGUAAAUCAAAUUUCCACCAAUCGAAACAUUUUUAAUUACCAAGGUGCAGCGUAUACAUCGAACCACAAGAAAACGUAAAAUUCAAGCUAAGCAAAUUCUAGCGUUAAUUGUCGCUCAUAUUGAAGAACUCUCUCGUUUGAUUUUUGCUUUUUGUAAGAACAAGGUAUCUGUUUUGAAUUUCUAAGGCAGAAGCCUUUUUUUCUGCUUAACUUAACCCAUUAUUUAUUAAGUCACAAGUGGCUAAAAUUCUAGCAAGUGAUAAAAGCUGCGAAAUAUUUUUUUUGCAAUAUAUUAGUUUAAUGUAUACAUUUUAGUAAACAAAUUAAACGCUUCGGAAUUUUAAUCGGAGCUUACCGUAGAAAUUUUGGCGGAAAGAAAAUCUGGCAAACUUUGAAAAAUAUUUUAUGAAAAUCCUAUUUUCCUACGAAUCAAAAGUUGACUGUGAACAAAAAAUAAUCUUAGCGGUGAUUUAACUAGGCGGAAUCUAUAUUAUAAUACCCUUAUACGUCUGUCCGUCUGUCACGCAAAUUGGCACCGAAAGUAGCGAGACGCACGUUAUGUGGGUUAAAAAGAACAGGCUAACCCGUGGUUUUUCCACGGGCCACCGACUAGUUUUAUCAAAUCCUGCUAACUCUGUCCACCAAAAUUUCUUUCCUUAGGAUAACAUUUUUCUCUCUAUAAUUUAAAAAAUAAGAGGUCCAAUAAUUCAAAGAAAAAAUGAUUUUUUUUUAAUUUUAAAAUUAUAAUUUCACAGAGUGUAACAAAUAUAGCCAACCUAGUCCCAGGGCUCUUCUAUGACUUUCUAUUAGAAUAUUCUCCUAGAAAUGCUGUAGCGUAGAAAACCCCUGGGUAUAAAGUUGUAAUAUUGUGGUAUUAUUUAUUAAGAAUGAAUUUAUGUUGUCAAAACAUUCUCCAAA